AUGAUAUGGAUGAUGAGCAUGGCCGAUGCGUUGAACAUGCGGCUGGAAUCCAGUCUUGUGAUCCGAGCUGUAGUCAACAAUACGGUGAGUUCCAUCGGCUUCAUCCAGAGUAUACUGUCCAUGCACAUGAUCUCCAUCGCGGUGUUCCCAUUGGCUUUUGCGAUCCUCAUCGCUCUGGUUGUCAGUCUUGCCGUAGUCGUUUCGGCCUUUGAGGACUAUUACACCUACCCCAAGUACAAGUACGAAUAUGGAGUGAAAGAUUUAUACACCCACGAUCACAAAAGCCAAUGGGAACAUCGCGAUGGAGAUCACGUGAAGGGACAAUACACUUUGGAUGAAGCCGAUGGAACUCAUCGUAUUGUUGACUACAGCUCGGAUCACAAGACUGGAUUCCAGCCGCAUGUUCAACGCAUCGGCCAUGCUCAUCAUCCAUAUCAUGGUGAGAGUUAUGCCAAUAUCGAUCAGCAUUACUAG